CUCAUAGAAAGCUGUCUGCUCGUUUUGGAAGAGUGAGGUGACAGAACUUUAGGCCUUAUUGAAAUGAUAGUUUGUCCACUGUUUAAGAAGUUCGACUGCUUUACGUAAGGUCAUGUAUUACAUGGUGAUGGAGUCUCCGACAACGCCAGAUAACCUGGACCACGUGUUGAAGGACCAAGGAAAUUUCAUCUUGACCGUGUCCCAGUUUUAUAACCAAGAAGCUCUAAGUGACGUCGUCCUCAAGGUUGGAGAAGCCCGUUUUCAUGGACACAAGUUCGUUCUCGCGAAGUCCAGCGAUGUCUUCCGGACAAUGUUGUACGAGAAACCCUGGUCUCAAAAUGUCCGCGAAGAAAUCGAACUGAGUGAAACAGCCGAGUGUCAAAGUGUGUUUGAUCGCUUCCUUCGUUACUUGUACACGGCGGAGAUAUCAAUAAGUGCCGAUUCCGCCAUCGGGAUACUUUGUCUAGCGGACAAGUACAAUGUGGCUUCUCUCAAAGUCCUCUGUACAUCUUACAUGGUGGAGCACACAAAGUCUCCCAAAGUGCGGAAUGCCUUGAACUGGUACCCUUGGGCCAAAGCGCUUCAUCUGGAGAACCUUAUACACCAGUGUACCAAGACCAUAGCCUGGAACACUGAUGUGAUUUUGAAAUCACCUCAGUGGAUAAACAUGGACAUAGACUUCGUAUGCGACAUUUUGGAAAGCUCUGAGCUCGUGACCCAAAGCGAGUUUGGACUUUUUCUUGCGCUGAGUCAGUGGUUACUGGAUGAAAGCCAUGUUCUGCAUUUAACCGAGGCGUCCUCCCGACUUCUUCCGCUUAUUCGCUUUCCUCAGAUGAAGGUGGUAGAAUUGCGCGAGGUGGAGAACUGCGAAUUGGCGCAUAGAGACGACAGUAAUGGGAUACUCAUGGACUUGGUUGGACAGGCAUACAGGUUCCGGUCUCUGUGCCCUGCUCAGACUGAACUGGGGAUUUCCUUUAACCAGAAAUUCUUCUUACCCCGAGAUUACCUAGACUUGGCUGUCGAUCAGGUCCGAAUACAAAACACUUUACGCUUCGGCAUUCAGGUUGACGUGAAAACCGGUGUAGGACCUGUUCCUUCUACAGCCAAAGAAGGCGAAUGGAAGAUAACUUACCGCAAGUCAGGUGACACGGGCGUGUGGACGGUUCAGAUGUACUGUCAUGAAUCCGCCAUGGUGAACAGCGAGGCGAGGAUCCAAGCCAGUUUGGUGGUGUUUAAUGAGGAAGACAAGGUCGUGCAGGUGGAGAGAGCCCCUACAUGUAUCUGUGGACGAACGAACAGCCUCACAAUGCAGUUGACCAUCGCUGAUUCUGAGGAGGCUAAAAACAUGCUGGUUCUCAUCAAACCGGUGCCUCAUUAAAUCACCACCAGAGCUCGCUGUCAUGUAACUGCCCGUAUAGAGGAAAAUGUCCGGAGACAUUUUAAACAUUGUGUUGUGGUGACUCAAUAGUGAAAGAGCGCGUUAUAACCAAUUAGAUUAAGUACGUCAGUAUUUUAUUGAAUUUUUUGGAAAAUCACGUAGCCUUAGGCGUUUAUAUAUUACUUCCAAGAAUGGAUCUACGAAGUGCUGUGAAAGUGAUCUGGAAAGCACAAACCCGACAUUGAUCAAGUGAGGUUCCACCGACAAACUUACGCUAGGGACACUCUGCUAACGCCACCGCAAUUGUACAUAAUGGGAAUCGCUAACGACUCUUUGAACAUGAUGUUACUCACAACUGCAUGGGUAUUGUUAUCCAAAAUACGUGGUAGAUCUCAGGAGUCCCUUUUAUUAUAUAACAGUACACCGUAUAGUUUAUGAAAGUAGUCAUAAGGGUAGACCCAGAGCAAGUUUGAUUUUGCUGGGUUUGUCUAAUUGUAUUUAUUAUGACAUCAUUCGUAGUUGUCACUUUCUCGUCAAUUCUACAUUUCCGUUUGGCGUGAGGAAUCAUCAACCACGUGUGUAUAUAGCAUCAUAUUAUUAAAGAUUAAUAUUGUCUAAAUUAGUAUUGUAUAGUGCUUCUUUACUGCUCUCCCGCUUUUACCAGACUAUGGUAUCCUGUUAGCCUUUGUUGAAUCAUCAUCAUCAUCAGCAUAUGGUUAGUUAGCACUAUAUUGUGUGUGUAUUUAUUUUGAGAGCGAACUGCAUUAAACACGAGCGACAAUCCAGAUACGCCAAAUAUUGAUACAACAACCGAAUACACUCCACACGCUACGAUAGUUAUCGUGAGUAGAAUGUCUUCACCCAAUGGUUCAUAUGACGUACCUGAUGGUGUCUCCUCCUACUUUUCCUCCCCGUCGCCAAGUCAUUUCUUCAAAGACGCCUGUUGUCCAUUUUGUUACAGUAUAUAACAAACAUUCAGUUGCUGUAACUCCUAAUUAUUUAUAAUAAUUAGUUGUUUAUGUGAAGCCUAUACAUGGAUCAAAUAAUAUAUGGCCUUGCGAAAACGUGUGGGUCUCAAUGCUAUUUGUGAAACAGGAGAAAUUUCCUUCGAACAGUAUUUAUUGUUGUAACAGUCAUUAUUCUUGAUGGCAGACUAACUUGAGAUUAGUGAAGAUUUUUUUUGCCUAUGUAUAACACCACGGAUUGUGUAGUGGAGAGUGUGUUACAAUAGAUGUCAUAUAACGAAACAAAGGGAGGUGAUAUUCCAGUUCCAGUUGCCGGAUGUUUAUCGAAAAUAUGAUUAUUAAUAAUGUUGAAUACAAUUACGUUGUUCACGACGUAUCAUGAUAAAACCCACCAAACUGUGGAGGCGUUUUGCAGGACGUGUAAAUGAAUCUGUGUAGUUGGGGUACAUUUUGAAAUUUACAUUCAAGCUUGUCUGCCAUUUUCCAAGCAUUUGACUGAUAACAAAAAGGAAAACGGAUUACAUGCAUAUCGCUUCCAGAUCAGUUGGCACAGUACUGUUUAUCUAAUUAACGAUGUAGACUAGACGUGAUUCAUCUAUAUAUACAUAUAUACUCUUAAGGAAAUA